AUGGCCGGCUUCUUCUCCCGCCUCAAGGGCAAGGACGGUUCCUCGAAAGCCAAGUCCAAGAAGCAGGCCCACCUCGACGCCCUCGCGAGCCAGCUACCCCAGAAGCCGAAAUGGGACGACGCCUACGCGCGCAAGACGGUCGAGCCCGAGGAGAUCCAGGAAUUGGUCCGGAGAUGUACAGAGGAGCUCAAGGCCAGAGCCCUCGACCACCCAUUCCUUCUUCUGCCCUUCCGUCCGACUUCCGAUCCCAGCGCUGUGCGCACGUUUGUGCGCCACUUCUUUGAUAGCCAUGCCACGAUGCGCGGGGAGGCUCUGAUACAAGAGCUCCGUAUGGCUGAGCCAAUGGUCAUCUCGGGCGUGAUAAAGUGGUGCUGGAGCAGGUUGCAGGGUGGUCUCGUGGGGUGGGAUGCCUAUGAACUCUUCAAGGUCGGCGAGCAGGACUCGAGCUUUGCACGAGACUCAUUCAAGACCUUUAUUCCCCUGAGUGUCGAGAAUGGCGCUCGCUCAUGCAUUAUUUUCGACUUUUUUGACCUUCUGGCUGCCAUCUCCGCCCACGGCAAGACCAACGGUCUCGGUGGUCGCAAGGUCUCGCGCAUGGCUGCGUGGUGGACCUUUGAGCAGAAGGACACUGGUAAUGGAUUUGAGGGCGGUUACAAGGCUUGGCUCAGCGCGGCCGAUGCUACAAGCCAUCUCUUCUUUGCCUACCUGAGGUCACUCGCCCCUCAGCAGAGUCAAGGAGGCAUCUCCAUGCUCCCCAUGUCGUUGCAGAAGCUUCUACAGGAAACCGAGUACCCUCCUCAGAGGCCGUCUCUGAUGAUGUCGACAACUUACAAAGUGGUCAUGAUCGUCGACUCGGUCUCGCCUACACCUUUUGCUCUGCUGCGACGCGGGAAUCACUUCCAGUACCGUGACGAGGACAGGGCUCUCAGAGAAUUCUCCGAGUUUGAAGAUCCGGUCCAGGCCUUGACUGAAGAGUGCCGCAGAGUUCUUAAGUCGAUCUCGGCAGCAAAUCAGACGCAAGCCGUGUCCAGUUCGAAGCACUCGACGAGCCUUCGGGAUGCCUCGUGGUCGCGGUUCGAAGACAUAGGCUUCACCAGCACCCUCGUUGAAGAGGAGGACGACGAUGAUGCUCCACUCUCGCCGCGCAAACCGCACCAGCAAAACGGCCUCAGGACCGCGCCCGCGUCUGGCAACGGCGGCGGCCGGCCCACCACUCCAUCUUGGGCCGAUUUCCUUUCAUCCGGUUUCGUUGACGACGGCUCGGGCAGCCCGACGAACCUGCUUCUUCCACCUGACAAGGUCUUGCCUCCCAUCGACACUGCUGUUCGUCAGCGGAGCUCCCAGUCCCACAGACCGAGGCUGGAGACGGAGCAUCAACUCGAGCCCGGCGAGCUCGCCAGCAUCUCUCGAUUUGAUUUGGACGAUGCCUUCUGGUGGGUCUGGAUGACCAGUCUGGCCCCUGAAGAGACACCUGAGAGGAAGUCUGCCUUUGGUCGCUGCGCCGUCGUCGAGACCAAGAUCCGCACUGGGCGCUGGCUCGUCAUGGAGGAGAUGGUCAAGGGCGCCGCACCGGAACCGGAUGCGGGGGCAUAUAUUGCCGAGAAGAAGGGCUUCUUCAGCUGGACACGACGCAACAAGGGCAUCUCUCGCAGCAAGUCUACUGGUCAGCAUGCGCUUGACAAAGGGAGCAACUCGCUGAAGGCAAGCAGCACGAUGGGCUUCAGCAAGACGAGUAUCGGGCCAGACCAGCAGGCCAAGAUCCAGGCCGCCGCUCAGCAGCUGCAGGCAAGGCAGCUCCAGCAGCAAGCCAAGGCAGCACAGCAGGACGCCAAGCCUCGCCGCGGUCGCAACGACCACGAGGUGAUGCACGAGAAGACAAACAGUGUUCUCACCCUUCAACCCGUCAUCAUGAGCGAAGCCUCACCAGCCAUGAAGUGGGCCAGCAAGUAUGACAAGGAGACGAUCCGUGAGGCAUAUCUCUCCAACACGAGCGCGGGACGAGGCAUUCCGACUUCGGCCACAGCACCGGCCAUGACCAAUGGCCAUUCCGCUAUGAACGGUUACGACCACGCUCCGCAGGUGCCCGCAAAGGAGCCAUCGGCUGCCGCACCGCACCACCCCGCUCCCAUUGAGGAGAAGGCCGAGCCUGGACCAGAGCCUGCCACCGAAAAAGAGCUUGAAGCACCUGCUGACGUACAUCCCGCUGACCGUCCCGACGCAGGUGGCCGAAGCACUCCUCUGCCGCCCCCUCCGAAGGACGAAGAGCCCAAGGCGUCGGAGUCGGCUCGAGAGAACAUGGUGACUCCGGCUCCUGAUCUGAGCCCGGAGAGCAAGAAGCGGGCCAACAAGCUGCACAAGGACCUCAAGGAGAAGGAGAAGAGCGGCGGUUUCCGCAAGCUGUUUGGCAGGAAGAACAGGCAGUCUAAGCUGCCGGACAAUGCCGCUGCCGAUGUGAACAACAUGCUGGCCAAGGCCCCCACCGCCCCGAGCGCUCCUUCGCCGGAACCUGUACACCACGCGGAGCCUGCUAUGGAGCAGCAACAGGCCAUGGCGCACGACGCUCCGGAAAGCCUCACUCCCAGGGCGGAGCCAGCAGAGCCGCUCUCCUACUCGCAAACCCCAGUCGCUUCUAUCGCUCCCGAGCCCUCUUACGAGCCUUCGGUGAACUCAGUCUCGCGGGUUGACACCGCCGACGAGCGCGAAGCCGACCACGAGUUCUCUCGCUUCGACCAGGGCCCGCUCGCGGACCAGCCUGCUUUCAUUCCCGAGGACUCGGAUGCCGAGACCGAAGAUGCGGUUCCGCCGCCGAUUGCCCGUCAGCGCUCGCCGGUCGUCGAGGUUCAGCACUCGCCGGUCGAGGAGCCCAAGAGGCAGCAGGCUGCGGCCCAGCCGGGCGUGCCGAUGCAAGACCGCUGGGCCCAGAUCCGCCAGAACGCGGCCAACCGCGCGGCUCAGCGCCAGAGCGAGGAGCAGAGCCGGGGAGGGCAGAGCAAGACCACGGAUGGGGAUGACGACACGAGCGGUGAAGAGACCAUCGAGUCUCGCGUCGCCCGCAUCAAGGCUCGCGUUGCUGAGCUCACUGGUAACAUGGAGGGCACAAGUGGCCCUGGCAGCCGUACGCCCCCUGUCCGCCGGUAA